AUGUCAGCCUUCGUCCAGCCGUGCUCUCCACCACUGGGAGACUUUGCAUCCGGUUCUCACCUCGAUGCUGUCGCAACCACACCGUACUUGCUGAUCCCACCAUCCGGUCGGAUGAGCACAGCUUCACCAAAGUCGCAAAACAACACGAUUUAUCAGCCAACUCCAAGUCGUACAUCCGGCAGCUCAUUUUUCGACGAAGUAAUUGAUACCUCUCCAGUUUCGGAAAAUUUGAUGUUCGGAUCCUCCUAUAUCGCAUCCCCAUCCCGGCCGACGGAGCCUAAGAUACUUAGAAGCAAAGAAUUACCACAGAACACACUGCCAACCAUUCAGGUUGACAAUAAGUCGAACCGCCGGCCGCACAAUCGGAGGCAAUCCAAGGCAAGCUCGGCGAUUUCCGAGUUCCGUGCUUCUGGGAAUAUCGCAGAGUCACCAAAACCAAGGAAACAGGGACGAAAGCCCAAGAAACAAACGAAAGGCCAGAAGAGUUCAGGGCAACAAGAGGAACUCGGCGACGACGACCUUCCUAUAGAUCCCCGUCAGCGUCAAAUGCUCGAGCGAAACCGAAUUGCUGCCACCAGGCUUCGCCUCCGCAAGCGUGACGAAGCCUCCGCCCUCGCCUCUCGCGAAGAAGCCAUCGAGGACCAGAACCGCUAUCUCUCGGCCUGUUUUGAAUCCUUGACUGCCGAAAUCUACCACUUGAAGACAGAGUUAUUGAAGCAUAUGUACUGCAACUGCGUGCUGAUCCAGAAAUACAUCGCCCACGAGGCCCAAAAAUCCGUGGACGGUUUGCUUGCUUGUUCUUCGGCCUUUCACGCCUACAGCGUUUCUCCGACCCCAGAUUAUGGGAGCUCAAGCAGCGCCAACACGGCCGAGUCUCUGAACAUGUACAGCCCAGAGGCCGAUGACAUCCCUCCGACCGCGACGAAGCCUUUUCAGCGGGGAUCUAGAGCGUCGGAGGUCAGGGAAGACGUGUUUGAUACGAGUGCAGAGCCCUUCAAUACGACCCCUAUACCACCGGAUUUGAUGAUCUCCGCCCACCCACUUUCGAGUUUGCCUCUCGUUGGAUGUGGACCAGGCUUAUACGGUAACAUGGGACCGUAA